AGAGGAAGCCACCGUGGAGGCGAGAAGGAGAAGGAGGAGGGGGGCUGAGGAGGAGGAAGCCAGAGGUUCUACACACAAGAUGGCUGCUGUGUCCUCUGCCUCUGACACUGGGGACCCCAGGGGUCGACACCCCCCUGAGCGCAGACUACUGAUCCUGGGAGGGCCACAGUCAGGCAAGACCUGCACCGCCAACACCAUCCUGGGGGACGAGGUCUUUGACGCAGGAGCAGAGACCACUCACAGUAACGUGGGCCAGACGGAGAUCUACGGCCGACGGGUCACCGUGGUUGACACCCCGCCGUGGAUCAUCCCCAGCAACCCGGAGGACAACACUGAAGCUGACAACAACAAUGAUGAUGCUGGUGCCGAGUCAGACACCCCUCUACGGGCUCCGCCUAGCCUGGAUAGUGAGGGGCCAUGCAUGGGGGCCAUUCUCUGCCCUCCUGGACCCCACGCAAUACUGCUGGUGGUGUCCGUCACACAGCCUUUCACUGAUACACAGAGGAGGGCCGCAGAGGAGCAGCUAGGGGCCCUGGGUGGAGGGACAUGGAGGUACUCGAUGGUGCUCUUUACUGGGAUGGACAAGCUGCCAAAAGGUGUCUUCAUCGAGGAGCACAUAGCAAACACUGGAGAGGCCCUGCAGUGGCUGGUGGAGAGGUGUGGAAGCAGGUACCAUCCUUUUGAUAACACUCGGAAAGAAACUGAGGACAACACACAGGUGCCCGAGCUGAUGGAAAAGGUGGAGGAAAUGAUCACUGACAACCAAGGCUGGUACUUUGAGGUGAAUGAGCUGAUUUUGCUAGAGGAAGAGCAGGCCAGGAGAGCUUUGGAGGAAGAGAGGAUGAGGAUGGAGGAGCACGCCAGACAGAGGGAGCAGAUGAUCGGAGGACCUCCCAGAGAGUUGAGAGUGCUGUUGUUGGGCUGGAAGGGAGUUGGAAAGAGCUCAGUGGGGAACGCCAUCCUAGGCCGUCGUUUCUUUGAGUCGGGCCAGGAGACGGAGCUGUGCCUUAGGAGGCAGGCGCUCGUGUCUGGUCGCAGGGUCACUAUAGUCGACACCCCAGGAUGGGACUGGUUCUCAGUGAGGCGAACACCGAAGCGCAUCCGCCAAGAGUCACAGCGUGGCGCUGCCCUCCUGAGACCGGGACCCCACACCCUGCUGCUGGUCCUCCCGGUUGUCUCAUCCCUUACUGCUAGGAAGAGGCGAACACUUCUGGCUCACAUAGAGACUCUGUUUGGCGACAACGCAUGCCUCCACACCAUGAUACUGUUCAGCUGUGGCGACUGGCUGGGUCGCACGCCCAUAGAAGAGCACAUUCUCAGAGGCGGGCGUGAGCUGCAAAGACUGCUUGAGUACUGUGGAAACUAUUAUCACGUCCUGGACAGUAAGGUUCCUGGAAAGGACAGGAGUGUCUCUGUCCUGUUGGAUAAGAUCGAGGAGAUGAUUAGGGAAAACGGUGACAAGGCCUUCCUCCCCAUACAGACCGAAUGGUUGAGUGAGGAGAGCUCCUACUCGUCUGACAACACCGAGCCUGAGGACGACUGUAGAGGAUGCCAGCUCCAGUGACACGAUCGUAGCAAAAGGAAAGUGGUCUGGCUUUUUACCCUUGUUCUGAGUCUUCAAUAGGCCCAAACAUCACCUCAUGUAACUGAAACCUCAUCCAGAUUUCCCUCUUAGACUCUGAGGAGUUCUGAGGAGAAAACUGAGAUACAGCAAAAGGUUUGGAACAGGAGUCUCGUGAUGAGUAUCUCUUUGUUAGAAAUGUAAAGAAACACCUGAACUUUCUUAUCACUGAGCAAAGCUCGACUGGGGCUAAUGAAUAACCACGUCUGACAUUAAAUGUUCUCCUCAAACCAGAGGAGGAGAAAUCUUCUGCUUCUGCUUCAAGGGACAAGAGCUCGAUCCCUGUUCAUGAGCAUGUUCACAGAAAUCAACUGCUGCUAAAGAGACCCUGUUUCAACACUGCAGAGUAAAGAAUUACUCGUCAUUGUAACUCUAUGUUCAGAUUGCACUGAUCAGUUUCACAUUACAAGUUGAGAGCGCAGUUAGUGGUUUUUCACUUUGCCUUCAGCUAACAUCAAAACCAAGAAGGAAUAUGUUUAAGAAGAUAAUAUUAUCAGGAGCACUCAAAUGUUGUGGAAGCACUCAUGUGUGAAGUAAGUUUGCCACUCUCUUUGUUGUUGCAAGACUAAGAAGAACGUCCCAAUGUAUGUCUUGUGCCAUAUAUACAAUUUUACUGGAUUUUACUGUCAUCCCCUUCUACAUCAUGUGCCAUUUGAGUUUCAGUUAAAUCAAAGGAUGCAAAGGAAAUGAGUGAAAGCAGCCCUUUCAACAUUGAACCAAAACAUGAGC